GUUUUUCCUUGAACUUUGACCCAUAAGUAACCUUCAGUAAGAGAGGGCUACAUGUGUGAAAACAUAAGGAACAGACUGUACGGAGGAACUCUUUAAUUUAACACAAUGGCUAAAUAUCUGGCCCAGAUCAUUGUGAUGGGAGCACAGGUGGUGGGACGUGCCUUUGCUCGUGCUUUACAACAAGAAUAUGCAGCUAGUCAAGCAGCAGCGAAGGCUAGAAGCCGUGCAGGUCAGCAGUCUGCUGCAGCCUCGAGCAUCACUGGGAUGAGCCUGCAGGAGGCACAGCAAAUCCUUAACAUAUCCACACUUAAUCCUGAAGAGAUUCAGAAGAACUAUGAGCACCUUUUUAAAGUCAAUGACAAGUCGGUGGGCGGUUCAUUUUACCUGCAAUCAAAAGUGGUGCGGGCUAAAGAACGUCUAGACGAGGAACUAAAUAUCCAGUCAGAAAAUAAGCAACAAUCAGAGAAAAAUACAGAAACAUGAAGAAUUACAUAUUAUAUGCCCUGUCUUUCCUCUCCCCAUCCUCUGUAAAUUAUAACCCAAUAAAAGCCUUCUCUUUUUC